UAGCGGGAACAUGAAAGAAAUGUGCCGCCGGCAUAUCCCUUCGUCGUGUCACGUCCUUGCUCCUGUUGUGUUCUUCAAUUAAAUAUUCUUGGACAAGUGAAUCAGAGAAACUGCAUGCACAUCGAGUUCUACUACGGAGAACGGAGAACGAGGAUGGGUAGAAUGAACCAUAUGGUACAAAAGCCGCAUGAGAGCAAACGUUCUUAUCUCUUCAUCUCUGCUUCAGCGAAUAUUGCGCCGCUCAAGAUAUAUUCCUCGGACAUUUGGCACCCAGUGUUUGGUCAUUGAUUCUGUUUAUUACAAGCGAGAAUAUCAAGUUCCUCUACAGGUCUACCUCUAGCAAGUAUUUAAUUAAAAAUAGGAGAGACGAGAAAGUAAUUAUAAAAUUUAUACGAAUUUCAUUUUGCUUUACAGUCAUUUACUCAUCUAGACCUGCAUAUUUUUAAUUAUACCAACCGAAUCCAUGAAGAUAUUUUAAUAAAAUUUGAGAGGCAUUUGAAUAGAUCCUUCCUGAAUACGACUCUCAGGUUUUGUUCGAUUCCGAACAGUAGGAACAAAACGCUCAGCGUCUGAUUCUGUCAAAAGUUGAUUAUGCACGGCGAUGCCUUCGCGUGCGCUAUGGCGCAUGCGACGUCACAGUAGCACAUGGCAUUUAAAUGCCUAGUGUCAAAGGUAACUGACGACGUGCACUCGUCUCCUCUUCGAUAUAAACAAUUCGACGUAAAUGAAAAUUGUUACCAAUAAUAAGGCACACACAUAUACAACGAGUGUAUAAUUAAAUAAGGAUAACGUAAUGUCCGCGUGUGUUACCGUCAACCAGAUACAUGUUACGUUAUCUAGUUUAACCUGUACUCUAAAAAACAGUGAGCAAUGAACAGUACAUUACGUUCGCUCGCUCGUGUCUUGAAAAGAACGUGUAAUUAUAACAAUCUCAGGUGUCAUGGAGAGUCAAAAAUCGUGUCCGACAAGACGGACGUUAAUUCCAGUAAUUGGAAACAAGAGCUCGAGGAUACGAUGCAGAUUCUGGGAAAUUUCGUCACGAUCGAGGAAGAGCAAUCUUUGAUGGAAGAGAUUGAUCCGUACAUGAAACGACUUCGAUACGAACGAUCACACUGGGACGAUGCGAUACAUAGUUACAGAGAAACGGAGAGGAGCAAGUGGAACGAAAGGAAUACAGAGAUAAUAAACCGAAUUCGGGAGAACGCGUUCCCUAUAGGGACAUCGCAAAUUCCAUUGAUACAUGUCUUAGACCUGGCGCCAGAAGGAUGGAUAAAACCACACGUCGACAGCGUUAGAUUUUGUGGGCAAAUUAUCGCGGGUUUAAGUUUGUUGACCGACAGCGUAAUGAGAUUAACAAUGGUCAAUAACGAAACGCAGUACAAAGAUUUUCUAUUGCCAAGAAGAUCCUUAUACAUAAUGAGCGGGACGGCCAGAUACGACUAUCGUCACGAAAUUUUAAAAAACGAAGAAUCGUACUUUGACGGCCGACACGUACCGAAAGAUAGACGCGUUUCAGUAAUUUGCAGAAGUCAGCCAAGCCCCAAUAAUGAUCAAUAACGAUCAUUUGUCAAUGUACAUGAGUAUUACGUAUACAGAAAUAUCAAUAAAAACUAUCGGUACGAAUGGAA